AGUGGCUGUGAAACGGCUGUUUCACUCUCGUACACUUAAGAUUUCGCAGGAACAGGGUAGGAUGUAGUACGCACUCUCCCUGUUAUCGACCAUAUCAAGAGAAGUGGUACACCAAAAGGAGAACGAACGAUGGCGAGCAACACCGAGUCCAACCGAGGGAGGAGAAUCGUGCUCUUGGUGUUGCUACUUUCGUUGGAACCUGAAUGGACACUGCAUAUCCCCGUUUAUACAACUCUGAUUUACUAAACGUCUUAAAUAAUCUAAUUUUUCUUAACUCGUUUGUUAAAUGUACAAAGUUCUACAGGUUGCGCGUGCCCCUACCGCGGUAGGUAACCAACCGAGGUGCCGCGUUUAAAUCGCGAUCAGAAAACCUCGUUCUUUCGUUAAUAAAAAAAGUAGAAAGCAGUUUGUGAAAAUUGUGUAAAUAAGAACGAAUCAUUGGAGAAAUGAAUGAUAUCGUUGUUGGUAUCAAUGUGUGAGAUUCCCCUUAGUCCUGCGGUUUAUAACAUGGUUUAUCGAUUAUUGCCUACGAAGAUACAAGUGAUAUAAAUACACGGUAAAUAAUGACAGGAGAGUGGUGCAGGUACAUGAUGAUACGUUGAAACGCAGAACGUUUAAAUGUGCUUUCAGCUUGUUACGAAUCCUUUGUGAUUAUUUUUCAGUAGACGAAGAAACUGACGAGUUUAGGUGCUUGUGUGCUUUUUUUAAAGCAGUGUUUUCAUCGACUAUUUUGUCUUGGUUUUGUAUCAUGUGAUUAACGAAUUAAAAUGAUUUCGAUGAGACGUUACCGGAUAAAAAGUCAUGCUGAAUUCUGGAUAAUAGAAUAGUACAACUUUAAGAGACGAGGUACACGUAAGGAGUAGAUGAAUGGAUGGAAGGUGAAAGAAAAUCAUCGCAGCAAUGUUAAUAACCGCACGCUUCCUUGACAAUGAUUCGAACGAGAAUCAGCGAGGCGUUGGGCUCUAAGGAGAUACAUUAAAGAAGGAAAAGAGGAAGAAAUCAAAUCAUGGGCUCGUUGCCAAAUCUUCAUGAAUUGUCGAAGGAGAAGCUCGGUAGUCCUGCUUACCGACCAGCACCCAUCGGUGGUUUAGGACCUAUUCGGUUACCAGCUCAACCUCCUCCAUUAGCGCAUACCCAUAGACGCGCCAGAAGCAGUGGUCAUCACCACACUCUGUGGGACAAUGAUACUAUGCUGGAGCAUAUGGCAGCAUACUCUCCAAUCUCCUGUCGUUCAACCAGAACAUCAGCCUUGUCCUGGCGUCGACGAGAUUCGAUGAAUUCCUCUGCAGGAGCGUCGUCUGUGCGUCGUUUGAUAGCAGCUGUAAGGGCAGCACCUUCAGGUCCAAGACCGCCGAAGAAAGCGAUUCUAAGGCAUUGCGCUGCUCUUCUAUUAGGACAUGCGAGCUGUUCAGCCGCGACGCUGCCCAUAUUUCCCUUACAGGCUGGUCUUGGUACCUUCAAUCCUCAACUGGGGCCGAUGUUGUUGGCUCUACUUUUCGCAACCGCAACGAUCACCACUUGCUUCGCGCCGAUCCUCGUCCAGCGAUUUGGAACAAAUCUUGCAAUAAGCAGCAGCCACGUGGCCACCACCAUUUUUGUCGGAGUACAUCUUUAUCCUAAAUGGUACAUAUUGCUACCCAGUUACGCUAUGCUGGGUGCAUGCAUGAGCCCAAGUUUUAUAGCAAGGGUGUCACAUGUAAAUGCUUCGGCAACGAGUUUAGCUCUGGUAUCUGUCGAUCCUGAGGAUCCUGAUGAAACAAGACGCGAGUGCCUUUUGAGAAGACUUAAUCGAGGGAUUAAAUUAGCAGAAGAUUUCGGUCUUGCAUUGGGUUGUCUAAUCGCUGCCAUACUUGUGAAACUAACAAAUUCAAUAUCGCUUAGUACAAUAAACGGUGAGGUAAAUGAUAUCUGCGGAGCAGAAUAUUGUCCAGAAGAGAUUUAUCUUUACAAUGGCACAACUAAUUUACCUACAUUAUCAUCUGGAACAUCAAAGAUGUUAGUUAGCAUAUGGCUCGGUCUUGCUGUACUAGGUUUAAGUAUAUCCUGUGCUUUCCUCGAUUCUAGAAUGAAGGAACCACAGACCGUAAAUGAAAAACAUAGCACUAAAAGUAUUCUCACAUCUAUAAAAACUGCAUUUCAAGAUCCUAAGUUACAAUUGGCUGCGCCGUUAACGCUUUUCAUCGGACUUGAACAGGGUUUCAUCUAUGCAGAUUUUAUAGAAGCAUACGUAGUCUGUGCAUUGGGAGGAGCUGGUACAGUAACAUUAAGUUUUCUAAGUUUAGCAUCUUUGCAAGCUCUCGCUGGUGUUACUUUAUCCAUGCUUUUGAGGCAUAUUAAAAGGUAUUUUGUUGUAGUUGUAGGAUUUGUAUUUCAUGCGUGUUUAUUACUGGUCUUGAUCACUUGGAGACCAUCUGGUGACGAUCCAGCACUUUUUCAUGUUAUAUCUGCUGCUUGGGGAGUUUGCAAUUCCAUUUGGGAAACUUUAAUAUACACAUUAGUAUUGGGAUUGUAUCCAAAUUCUUGGCAAGGACCUUUAUCAACGUCCCUCUUUUGGAGGUGGCUUGGACUUGCUCUGACUCUUGGUUUACAUGGAUUGGUCUGCACACGAUUUCGUGUACUUGGUCUUGCUUGUGUGCUACUUCUCUCGGUAGUUCCUUACAUAUGGUUAGAGAUUAGACUGGCUAAAAGAGGUAAAAGUCUAGCACCAUUGUGACUGAGAGAUCCAACUACAAGUGAUCUGGGUUCAAAUACGAAAAUAGAAGCUCGUUACAGAGAUUGAGAUAAGUUCGUUCCAUUUGGCUUAAGAAGGACAAGGAGACAUAAUAGAAACAGGAAGCUCUUUCCAGGACACAGUAUAUGUAAAACAAAGAAACAUUCAAGACGUAGGGUAAACAGUGUUGCUUUCACGUGUAACACUGAAGAAAAUCAAACUACAAAUAUUAGUACUAUCGAACAAAAUGUAUCCGCGAAAGAGGUAGUGGCAGAAGUUUCUUUGCCAUCUACGAAUGAACAUCGGACAAGCGUUACAGACCACUGCAGUGUUCUUCCUGUAUCUGAAGGCUGAAUUUUUUAUUUCAUUUUGAAUAAACUCUCGAAAAGAUUUUAAUUACGAAAUAUAAGUAAUGUCCAAAUAUUUCUGUACUCGGUACGGAAAGGUUUAGAUGCGAAAUAUGUCUCUAUAUAAUAUUGAGCACAACUUAUAUUUUAUAUCUGGAUUAAAAUUAAAAAUGAAACAUUAUUCAAUGAUUUGAUAACAAUAUAUUUUAACAUGAAAUGUUAACAAUUUUACAGGCUUUGUCAACCGAUUAAACAUGAUAUACUCAACAUAGUCUUUCUUAAAAGUUGAAUGGAACGAACAUGAAUAAAAUAAAUCACAAAGAAUUCAUCAUCAAGCAUAAAUGCUCUUACAGAAAAUCUCUUGUUCCGUUAUAGUACGAACAAUUUAACAUGAAUUGUCGUACAAGACUGAACGAUCAUAGCAUAUAUGUAGUACAUAUAAUGUUAUUAACGAUUGAUCAUCGUAGUAUCUUUCUGACAAAUCACUGACGUUGAAACGUCGAAAUGUACCUGAUGUCUUUCAAAACCAAAUUAAUUAUAAUUGUGCGUGGAAAAAGAAAAAAAGGAGAUCGUUAAAAUAUAUCUGCCCUGUAUCACAGAAACGAAAAUACUAUAAAGUAUUUAAUAUAAGCAUAGGUGUCUAUUAAUUCGUUCAACAGGAGACCAUAUUUGUUGUACGAGUUUUCGUUCGUUCUGCGCAUGCGUGGUUCAAGCACGCUACUUCUGCGCAUGCGUGGUUCGAGCGCGCUACAUCUGCGCAUGCGUGGUUCGAGCGCGCUACGUCUGCGCAUGCGUGGUUCGAACGCGCUACGUCUGCGCAAGCGCGUAGUGGUACUGCGCGGCAUAUCCAACCAUCUUAUAUUCAGUAUACUCCCGAUCUUCGUGACGUUAGCACGUGUUUUCUCUAUUUGUAUAUUUUUUUAUCCAUCACGUGAAGGUAGAAGAAGGAGUAGAGAGCCUUCCUCAACUGCGUAAAACAGUAGGUACAUUACCUGAUCGAUAUACGCUCCACGAACAAGUUUAGCACCGAAAUAAAAGUUCUGACGUUCAGCUUGUUCGAGAUCCGUUUUCACUUCAUUAUAUGCUUCUUGCAAAUAUGUUUGGUGAACUGAUGCCAACACCUACUGUAUUUCGCGUCGUUCCGCCUCUUCCUGGGAGAUAUCUUCUUCAACGGAAUAAUCAAGGAUAGGUUUUACACCGAACUGUCGUAAUCUAUCCA